GAAUGAGCUAUAAAUAAUGUCGUAAUUAUACUUCAAAAAGUUUGGUUAUAGUAGAUAUUCUAGAGAUUUGAUUUUAAGAACUUCUCCAAAUAAUUAAAUUUUGAAGUUGGUACAUUGUUUGGAAGUGCUGUUUAUCCAAAUUUCGAUUUGUUCGAGAACUACUAGGUGGUAUGUCAGAUACGCCUCCAGCGUCAGAAGUGAGACAACCUAAAUUAAAGAAAUUGGAAAAGAAUAAAUAAUUCAAGAUGAAUAUCCGUUGUGCACGACCAAGUGACCUUAUGAACAUGCAGCAUUGCAACUUAUUGUGUCUGCCAGAGAACUAUCAGAUGAAAUAUUACUUCUACCAUGGACUUUCUUGGCCCCAACUCAGUUAUGUAGCUGAAGAUGAAAAAGGACAUAUUGUUGGAUAUGUUUUGGCAAAAAUGGAAGAGGACGGUGAGGAUAAUCGUCAUGGUCACAUCACAUCUCUAGCUGUAAAGAGAUCACAUCGUAGAUUAGGAUUAGCUCAGAAACUCAUGAAUCAGGCAUCACUUGCAAUGGUUGAAUGCUUUCAGGCAAAAUAUGUGUCAUUGCAUGUAAGAAAAAGCAACAGAGCUGCACUGAAUCUUUACACAAACUCUUUGGGUUUUAAGAUUUUAGAAAUUGAGCCAAAGUACUAUGCUGAUGGAGAAGAUGCGUAUUCCAUGAUGCGAGAUCUGAGUGCUUUUGCAGUUGAUAAUAAAACUGACAGCAAUGCGACAGAUAAUUUAGAAAUCAAAUCUGAAUCAGCAAUAAUAUCACAGUGUUGAUUUAUAGUAAUAAAAGCUUACAUCAUAAUAUG